CUUGAUUUCACAACAUGAAUAGUUUAUAUUAAUCUCAGUUUAUUCAUCCUCGAUUUCAUUCCUUGUUUGGAGUUUUAAAACACAUAAUCUUUGGCAGUUCUGCGGGAGUCAUGCACUUUGUCCUAGUCAUCGUGGUCACGCUCGUGAUCUCCAUGGAUACACUGAGUAACUCUCAGCAGACGACAGACUCAGGCUACGAUGUCGUCAUAGAGCGUCGUAAAAGGGAACCGCUGGGAACCCCCGACGUUGACCUCACUUCCCUCGAUGAAACUCCGGGGAUAUCCGAAGGAAAGGAAAACCCAUCACAGUAUACGGCCGAUUUACGCUCAUACAGAGCGUACGAACAAAAUCAACCACAAGAGGACAAAUUUGAGUCAAAACGAGGCCGCAAACGACCAAAGUCAUUUUAUCGCAAAAAUAAGAAGAAAGGUUCAAGAAAACCCAAACCUCCGUCUAAACCGAGAGGGGACCAAAGCAAUAGCCAGGAAGAAAACAACAUGAAGAACAUGCAUCAUGGCUCAAAGAACUAUUAUGGAAGCUCGGAACCGCCUGUAUCAGGCAGUGAAGAUGAAAAUUUGCCGGAGACCACUAGUUUUGUGGAGGGUAGAUUUACUUACGGAAGUUCCGAUUCGCCAUUUGGGAUGUACAACCCGAGAUACAAUUGCUUUGAAAGAUUUCCAAGGAACUAUUUCUUAGGAGUUUCUUCUAUCUGCCAAGAAGAAAGAAUGAGACGUAAAAUUAGAUACGCGCUUCAAAAAGAUCAGGCAGUUUCCGAGUCCAUGAAGGCACACUAUUACAGAUGUGCUAAAGCCUAUGUGAACUACGCUGGUCUGGAUGAGACGUGUCCGACAAAAAUAAACAUCGCGACCACAGUGUUCCUGGGCAGGCAGAAGUGCUACGUUGUGGAGCCCUACCAACAGUGCCUCACCUAUUCUGCCUGUAUGAAUCCGAGGGGAGGAUGCGCUGAGCGCCGUGGCGCCCCCUUUUUCAGUUCCUGUUUUUACGACGGAUUCCGUGACGCCUUUGUGUGGGUGUAUUGCCACCGCUGUGGCUUCCGCCUGGUCAAGGUCUCGCUGCCCCAGUGUUGUUCCUGCAGGAAGUGGACUCUGUGCCGGGGAGGCGGUCACCGUAAUCACUGAUGUUAAUAAAUGAUUAUA